AUGUAUAGAUCGGCAAGCACGACUCGAGUCUCCGACGAUCACUUCAACUCAUCGUCGCCUUCAUCGAAGGUGUCGCCGUCUCUCAGAGCGUUGUCUUUGGAAGCCAACGAGUUGCCAAUGUACGAACCACUGACAGNAUCACUUCAACUCAUCGUCGCCUUCAUCGAAGGUGUCGCCGGCUCUCAGAGCGUUGUCUUUGGAAGCCAACGAGUUGCCAAUGUACGAACCACUGACAGAGAGGUGGCUAAGAAAGAAAGAACUCGCGCUAAAUUUGCAGAAAAUGCCGUUCAUGUCAUUCCUCUUAUUCUCGUUCUAUGUGCUUUUGUACUGUGGUUCUUCUCCAAUCCUGAUGUAGAUGUGCCUAUAAAAGGUGAUUCAAUUGCUGCAAAAAUUGAAGGACUGACGAUGAUUGAAGGGGAGACCGCUAGCGAUGGUACUCAGGCAGGGGCUUUACCAUUGGAAUUGGGAGAUUUUGAUUCUGUAAAACAAGAUGAAGAUCGCAGAGCUUCAAGUUCAAGGAACAAAUAUUGA